AUGUCUGAUAAUUUGUUAUCUUUAGAGAAUCCGGUGGUGCCUAGUCACUAUGAGUUGCGUCUAGAAAUUGACCCUAAGCAGUCGUCGCCCAAUUUCAAAGGAUCCGCCAUAAUCCAUUUGAAAUUCAAUCCGAACUCCACCACCUUAGCUUCUAUCGAAGACAGUUUUACCCAGUUCAAGUUACAUUCCAAGGAUUUGAUUGUGUUGUCUGCACAUGCCACCAUAGGGUCUACUAAGUUUGAUCUAAAAAUUUCUCAGGACACUGGAAAGCAUUUGUCGAUUUUCAACUCUGAAUCUCCUAUUCAAUUGUCCAACGAUUGCCCUCUGAUUUUGUCCGUGCAAUACGUGGGUAAAAUUCGUGACAUAAAAACACAUCAUGAUAAGACUUUUGGUAUUUUCAAAACCAAUUUUAUGGAUCGUAAAACCGGUACUGCCAAUAAUCACGUCGUUGCUACUCACUGCCAACCGUUUUCCGCUAGCAAUAUUUUCCCAUGUAUUGACGAGCCUUCAAACAAGUCCACUUUUCAAUUGAACAUUGCAACGGAUGCACAAUAUAAAGCCGUUUCCAAUACUCCUGUAGAGAUGGUCGAAGCUUUGGAUAGUUCUCAAAAACAUUUGGUGAAAUUUGCCAAGACACCUUUGAUGACUACUUCCGUAUUUGGUUUUUCUAUUGGUGAUUUAGAAUUUUUGAAAACGGAAAUCAAGUUGGAAGGUGAUAGGACUAUUCCCGUUUCAAUUUAUGCACCUUGGGAUAUUGCUAAUGCAGCUUUCACUUUAGAUACAGUCCAGAAAUAUCUACCUUUGUUGGAAUCCUAUUUUAAAUGUCCAUACCCUCUGCCAAAGUUAGAUUUCGUCCUACUACCAUAUUUAAGUGACAUGGCAAUGGAGAACUUUGGUAUGAUCACCAUCCAACUAAACCACCUGCUCAUACCACCAAAUGCCUUGGCCAAUGAAACCGUCAGAGAGCAAGCACAGCAACUCAUUGUCCACGAACUCGUUCAUCAAUGGAUGGGCAACUACAUAUCUUUUGACUCGUGGGAAUCUCUUUGGUUUAAUGAGUCUUUCGCUACUUGGUUAGCUUGCCACAUACUAGAACAGAAUGGUGACCUAUCCCAUUAUUGGACCUCGGAACCUUAUUUACUACAGCAAGUGGAGCCGACCAUGUGCAGAGAUGCAGCUGACGUUAAUGGAAGAAGCAUAUUUCAGAUUGCGCAACGGAACACUGGCAUAGAUUCUCAAACCUCCGAUAUUUUUGAUCCUGAGGCAUACACAAAGGGUAUUAUCAUGCUGAGGUCCCUGCAAUUGGCUACAGGCGAAUCUCAUCUACAAAAGGGCCUGGAAAGUGUAUUUGAAGAUACUAAAACAUUUCAUGCGAGAAGCGUCAAACCAAUGGAUAUAUGGAAUCAUAUCGGAAAAUUUUUGAAGUCUCAAAAUAUUACAAACUUUGUUUCAUCUUGGACAAGAACGCCAGGCUUACCUGUCGUUAAGGUCGAAGUAGAAGAGAAAGACGGGAAAACGCAAACAAAAUUGACUCAACACAGAUUUAUCAAUCAAUUAUCUACUGAAGAAAAGGAUCAGUUAGAAGAUGUCCCAUAUCAGGUACCCUUAUUCGGGGUUCUGCCAGAUGGUAAAAUGGAUACUAAAAAUGUACUAUUGACGGAUAGGACCUUAAAGUUCGAUUAUCCUAUCUUAGUAAUUAACCAUUUAGCCCAAGGUUAUUACCGCGUUUCAUAUGAGUCCGAAGAGUGCUAUGCAUUGAUUAAUGAUAAAAUAACUGAGGAGACGUUAUCCGAGAUUGACCUUCGGAAGAUUUUCUUAGACUUGUCGCAGUUUAUUGGAGAUGAGGGUUUCCAGAAUUCUAUUCAUUUGCACGGUCUCUUUAAGAUACUAAACCAUAUCGCUUCUCCUUCCACAAAGAUUGCAUCAAAAUAUUGGGAUCCUCUUUCCAAGGGGUUGGAAGUUCUGCAAACGAUCGAUCGUGCCAGUUUAACGAGCUCUAAAUUACAAUCUUUCUUAAAGAAAAAAAUUGUCAUUCCCCUUUUCAAUAAGAUUGAUUGGCCCCACGGUGAAUUUGAUAAAAGCACAAACCCUCACGAGUUGAAAGUCAUGUCUCAAGUCUUGUUUUUAAAUAAAAACUCCGCAAAAUGUGCUGAAUUGUGUCAAAUUUAUUUUAAACAUCUAUUACAGGGCCCACGUUCGAGCGUACCGUUAGAAUUAGUGAACUCAAUCCUUGUCGUCGUAUCGCAACAUUGUGCAAACAUCAAGCAGUGGAAGAAAAUAUUCGAUUUGGUGAAACGCAGUUCCUGUACUGGUAUCACAAACCAUGUCAUUAAUAUGUAUGACCAAAACAGUAGCGAAACCGCCAUGUUGAUUCAAAACGGUGCAAUAGAAUCUCUUGGAUUCUGUUUAGAUUCUGAUAUCGUGAAAAAAACUUUGAAUUUUAUCACUUCCAAUAUUGAGUCAGAGGGGAUGGAACUGGCAUUAUUCGGAUUUAAUUACAACUUUAAGAAGAGGCUGAACAAAAACGAGAAACCUCAAGACCAAGUCGUUCGUGAAACGAUCUGGGAGUGGUAUAUGGGCAAUUUUGACCAAUGGGCACGGAAGGCUACAAGGAAAGGUACCACCACGGGGGAUCAUCUACACAAGGCGUUAAGGAGUAUUUCCCUGAUAAUCUUUCAAAUGUUUGUAGCAGACGAGCCACAGAAGAUAGAAAAGUUUAUUAAUUUGGAGAAAGAGAAGUUGGGUCAAAGCUUGUUAUCUUUGGACGACAUCUGGGCCUCUGUCCAGCAAGAUGAAGAGUCCAGAAAGACUAUAAGAAGAGACUUGGCCUCCUUGGUCUGA